AUGGCACUCACGCACAACUCUAGCCACUUCAGCACCACCAAGAGCACCCACGCGCCUCGCAUUGGCCUCGAGGGCCUCACGCAGAAUGGACCUCACAAGCCUGCCCACAGCUCACCACACAGUAAUUGUGAUCUGGACUACAGUCUCUACAGGGAUGACUUCCCAUACCGGGUAUAUGAGUAUCAGAAGAUCCCGCCCCUCAUUAACCGCAUCCCUGUCAAGGCCAGAAGAACUCAUGUUGGGGCAGGAGGCAAAAGUAGUCUAAGCCCCCAGCCUGGGAUGAGGAGCAGCACCAGCUCCGUGACAGGACGGACAAAGUUGUGGGCCGAAGAGCUGCAUUCAAUCAAAGGGGAGCUGAGUCAGAUCAAGGCACAAGUGGACAGUCUGCUGGAAAGCCUGGACCGCAUGGACCAGCGGAGAGACCGUCUCUCAGGUGAGGGGAUGAUCAAGGAGAUCGAGAAGAAAAGGGUCGAAGUGGGUGCAGAGUUGCCAUCCCCAGCAGGAGAGGGGCCACGGGAGCCCCAAGGGAAGGAGGGAUCCGGAGCUGAUGGGCACAGUUGCCUGCGCAACAUCAACAGUGCAGAAGAGAGCACAGACACUGAGGAGACGAUGAAAAAUCACACAUCAGACCUCGAGGGGAGUCAAUAA